AUGCAGGGAGAUGCGGCGGCGGCACCAUCCGUGGGGCUCUCGGCUGGAACCGGCUGGAAUCCACGCGCAGACACCUCUGCCUGCGUCCAGAUGGAAGUGGGCUGCCUGCCAACAGGCCAAGGCGCUGAGGUGGUGAUCGCCAACUCCAGCGUCGUGCUGGUGCCCUCGGCGGCCGUGGCGAGUGGGGAGACCUUCCAGCGCGCGUGCGGUGACUUCACCAACGGCGAGCAUGCCGCGGGCCCAGGGGAAGCCGAAAGCCGAAGACCGAGACGCUCACGUCCAGCAUAG